AUGCCACUGCACCCACAAGCCCAACAGGUUAUCGACGCCACGCGCGCGCUGGGGUUGCCGCCGAAUCACACCGUAUCUCCCGCGGAGGCCCGGGCAAACGCCGCGCAGCGAUUGCGGAGCCCCGGCCCGGACGUCGCCAAGGUUGAAGACCAAUCCGUCCCCGGCCCGGCUACGAACGUUCCGGUGCGCAUUUACACACCCGACGGCAACGGCCCGUUUCCCAUCCUAGUCUGGUACCACGGUGGUGGUUGGGUAGUGGGAGACCUUGAUUCAGCCGAUGGCGCGGCGCGGCACCUUUGCGCCAGCUCCGGUAACGUUGUCGUGUCGGUGGAUUACCGCCUGUCUCCCGAGGCCAAAUUCCCUGAACCUUUCGAUGACUGCUACGCCGCCACCCUGUGGGCCAGCGAAAACGCGGAAUCUCUGGGCGGUGUGAAGGGAGUUGUAUCAGUCGGGGGAGAUAGCGCCGGCGGCAAUCUGGCCGCUGCCGUCGCGAUCAAGGCGGCCGAAACGGGCGACGUUCGUGUCAGUCACCAGUUGUUGGUGUACCCGGUAACGGACCGUGAUUUCGGCACUGGCUCUUACGCCGACAACGGCACCGGUUACAACCUGGAACGCGAAGGUAUGAUGUGGUACUGGGACGCCUACCUGGCCGACCCAGCGGACGCGGCGGAUCCGUUGGCGGCUCCCCUGCGAUUGCCAGCUGAUUUCGCCGCUGCCAAAGACCUGGCGAAAGCCUUUACCAUCACUGCGGAAUACGAUCCGCUCCGCGACGAGGGCGAAGCGUACGCGCGCCACCUGCAGCAGAUGGGUGUUCCAUCCAGCGGUCGACGCUACGACGGUAUGAUUCACGGUUUCUUCGGCCUGGCCAGCAACAUGGAUACAGCUCGCGUAGCCAUGGAUGACGCCGGCGCGUUCCUGCGCGGCGCAGUCGAUGACGUGGUGGCGGAGUAUCAUGCUCAACACCAGGGGGACACCGGCGCAAUGCGUCAGCUGUUAGACCCGCAGGCUCGCAACGUGCUGGAAAUCUUUGAUUCGCUGGAUAUCAAGCCAUUCCAGGAGAUGAGCGUCGAGGAAUGCCGUGAAGUGAUGGACAACCGGCCCCGGCCGCAGGGCCCGGCGGUUGGCCAGGUCGAAGACCGCGUUAUCCAGAAUUUGUACGGCAAAGAGCCGGGCGACGUUCCCAUCCGCAUAUACACGCCGGAUACCCAGGGACCCUGGGGCAUUCUGAUGUGGUUUCACGGCGGCGGCUGGGUUAUCGGCAACAUCGAAACCGCCGACGCCACCGCGCGGGAGCUAUGCGUUGGCGCCGACUGCGUUGUCAUUUCGGUGGACUACCGCCUGGCCCCCGAGUACAAAAUUCCCCACGCCGUUCGAGGACUGCCUCACCGCCACGAUUUGGGCAACCUACAACGCCGAAUCGCUGGGUGGUCGACCCAACGCCGUCGCCGUGGGUGGUGA